AUGCAGGUCUCGCUUGCGCUCGUCUCGUGUCCAGUUGUGCUUCAGUGGGCGUUUCUUUCAUCGCAGGUCCGCCAGCUCGAAGAAUUUGAAAAGCAACCGGACGGAACAAUCAAAUCUGUGUGUACCAAAAACGGACGGGCUGAGGGCGACCGAUUCAUCGUCGCCACUGGCGCAUGGAUUUCGAGUCUCAUUCCAGCUUGGAACUCGAUGCUCGCCGCGGGACAGGUUGUGGGAUAUCUGCGACUCACCCCAGACGAAAUCAGCCAGCUCAGGGAUCUCCCUAUCUACUUCAACUUUUCCACUGGCUUCUUUGCCUUCCCUCCGCAUGAGCCAACUGGCUAUCUGAAAGUCGCCUGUCAUAGGUUCGGUUAUACUCGCCCGGGCCCCUCGGUCACAUCUGCGCCGCCCAGCUUAGCAGUUGCUUCACGGGCUAAUUACAUACAACGACACUCCGACCGUGGUUUCAAGUACCUGCCUCUCAUCGGCAGAUACAUUGUAGGAAGCCAACGCAAGCUUUCGCGGGAGUUGCUUGACAAAUGGAAGUUCCCUACCCAAUUCCGUGAGCGCUUCCAGGGAGAGGUAUUCACAGGAGAUGGAAGUCGAGGAGGACCAGAGCGUAGGGAGUUGACCGCUCAAGAGCUCGACACAUUUGACACGGCAUUAGAAGCUGCUUCGUCCCGGUCAAGCAAGAUUUGA